AUGGCCGGCCAACUGACCGUCAGCAGCCUGUGGGCUCACGAUGCUGACCUGCAGAAGCAGGUGGAGGAGGCGCACCGCAAGCGCAUGGGCGUCGGCACCUGGAGCCUCCUCGCCAUGGCUUUCUCAACGCUGGGCAUCGUGUAUGGCGACAUUGGCACGUCCCCCCUCUACGUAUUUGCCUCCAUCUUCCCCGACGGACCCCCCAGCGCUGAGGUUACCCUGGGGGCAGCCUCCACCAUUUUCUGGUCCAUCACCGGCAUUGUGGUGGUCAAGUACAUCGUCUUCACGCUGCAAGCCGACGACAACGGCGAGGGAGGCAUCUUUGCGCUGUACGCCCUGCUGUGCCGCGCCGUGAGCAUCCGCUCCGGCAGCCUGCUGCACGAGGCGGACCUGAGCCUGAGCCAGUACCAGGCCCCCGACCCGCCGGCACAGGCCCGCGCCUCUCCUUCGCCCCCGCACACAUCCGGUGCCGGCACGUGCGGCGGCCCGGGCGCCGCGUACACCCGCUGGCGCCAGUCCGUGGUGGCGCGGGCCAGAGCCUCGCUGGAGGGGAGCCGGGCCGCCCAGGGUAUACUGCUGGCGGUGGUGCUGCUGGCAGCCAACAUGAUUCUCUCUGAUGGAGUGCUGACUCCUGCCAUCUCUGUGGUGUCAGCCGUGGAAGGCAUCGAGUACCAGACAGGUAUCUCCCGUGGUACCGUUGUGGGCAUCGCCGUCGGCAUCCUGGUUUGCCUGUUUGCGGUGCAGCCCUGGGGCACCCAGCGCGUCGCGGUGAUGUUCAGCCCGCUGGUCUUCUUGUGGUUUGCCUCACUGUCUGGCAUCGGUGAGGCCCUGGGGCUUGCUGCCUGA